GGACAUGACAUGCAUGACACUCGUACUUAGUACAGUGUUCAAAGACUGAUAGUUGAAUGAGGGAAACAAUGACUAGGAUUAAAUUGUGAUGCCGUUACAAAAGCUGUUUCAAGAUCAAGCGCUACCUUCGGGGGAGACUUGAACAGUAUUGCAUAGCGCAUACAACUAUGGCUACAAUUGAACAGGACGAGGUCUUGCGUUAGUGAUCGACACCAAGCCAAUAGUUCCAGCCUUGAAAAGGGGGAACCUGAAUUGUAACCUUGAUAUUUGAAUGGCGACAUUGGGGUCCAUUAUAUAUCAUGUAGCUGGGAGGAACGACUGACGUGCAGUUGUGCUCUAGAAACCACAAGCGAUGAGACGAGGUAUGGGCGGAUACAUCUAUUUAGCGGGAUCAGCAACAUGGCAGAGCCAUAGUACUAGUACUGCCAAGUUCCAUCUAUCUUCAAGUCGAACGUUGAACGGCACUGCCGGUGACCAACAGUGUGCUAACGGGCUUGCAGAAAUCGCGAACACGGUAAUGUAUUUGAGCCUGAAGAUGCGGGACAUUUAGUGCUUUGAGUGAGCUUUUGACGACACGACCUCACUGAUCGCACUAGAGUGAUUUCUAGCACGACUGCUACUCCAGUUAGCAAGAUUCUACCACGGUGGGGGGAGGUCCUAAGCAACUGCAAGCGUUUUUUGUUCGCAUUCGAGGGUGGUGGUGGGAACGUUGAGUCCUCGAGGCAGAGAGGAAGGAUCGACGAAAAGCAACCAACUUUUCAAGGCCGGCGUAGAAUAGGGUUUGCAUGACGUAACCUGUUUAAAAACCCAUGUACAUUCAUACUCCAAAACUACCAGGACAGAACCAAA